CACUCAAGGUAGAAGCCCAUCAAUCUGAAACCACUUGCUCAAAUGACUCAUGUUCAGCCUUUAUAAAAGUUUAAUUGGCUCAUAUAAUUAACACUGAGAAGGAAGACAUAUGUGUGUGAUGAGAGGGGGGAAAAAUGACCUGCCUGCAUAUGGACGGAUUCAUAGAUUUCUGCUAAUGGGAUUUAAGUAAGUAUUCUGAUUAUGAAACUUAUGUUGUUAUAAACAAAACACCACAAACGAUUGAUUUCUGAUCAGUUUUAAUUUGUUUUAUUAUUUGAAACCUGGAACUAUAAUGAAGUUAGAUGAUUGUUUUCCUUCCCCUGUGUCCCUGAGCUGAUGUGUGGCCGUUACCAAGGCACCACAGGCACCUUGUGAGGGUGCACCAGGCUCCUCUAUGUGCAGAAGCACCACCUGACCCACCAGAGGGGGGAGACGUGUCAACCCGUGUGUGCGCUCGGAUCUGUGUCACCUUCAUAGCCAUGAGUCAGUUUCGGGCGUUAGCGGGUGUGCUGAGGGGUGGGCGUGUCGGGGGGUGUCAGUGGCUGCGAGGGUGUGGAGGAGGCCCGACCAGGCGCUGGGUUGAUCCCAGGAGAGGCUGCUCCUCCGGGAGUGCGUCUAUUCCCUCAGCGGUGACCAGCAGCUCCAGCUAUGUGGAGGAGAUGUACUUUGCCUGGCUAGAGGAUCAUAAAAACGUCCAUGAGUCUUGGGACGCAUUCUUCCGUAACAUCCAGGCCUCCAGUCCGUCUGGCGAGGCGGGUGAGAGACGCCCCUCCGCUCUGCUCCAGGGCCGAGUGCUGUCCCACUCACCAGACAUGGCACAGAAAGUGGUGGAGGACCACCUGGCUGUGCACACUCUCAUUAGAGCAUAUCAGAUUCGUGGUCACCACGUAGCCCAGUUAGACCCUCUGGGAAUCCUGGAGGCUGACCUGGACUCCUUCGUUCCCUCUGACCUCAUCACCACCAUUGAUAAAUUAGGUUACUAUGGUCUUGAUGAGUCUGACCUGAAUAGAAGCUUUCAACUCCCCCCGACAACCUUCAUCGGAGGAGAGGACACCACUCUUCCUCUAAAAGAAAUCAUACACAGACUGGAGACAUCUUACUGCGGUCACAUAGGGGUCGAGUUCAUGUUCAUUAACAAUGUGGACCAGUGUCAGUGGAUUCGUCAGAAAAUUGAGACUCCAGGAAUCAUGCAGUUCACUAAUGCUGAGAAGAGAACUUUGCUAGCCCGCCUGAUAAGAUCCACACGGUUUGAGGACUUCCUGGCCAGAAAGUGGUCCUCAGAGAAACGUUUUGGUCUGGAGGGCUGUGAAGUUCUCAUCCCUGCCCUUAAAACCAUUAUUGACAAGUCGAGCGCUGCAGGCAUCGACAGUGUGAUCAUGGGGAUGCCUCAUCGGGGUCGACUGAAUGUUUUGGCCAAUGUGAUCCGUAAGGACCUGGAUCAGAUCUUCUGUCAGUUUGAUCCCAAAUUAGAGGCGGCUGAUGAGGGUUCAGGUGAUGUCAAAUACCACCUCGGGAUGUACCAUGAGAGGAUCAACCGUGAGACGGACAAAAACAUCACACUGUCACUAAUGGCGAACCCCUCCCACCUGGAGGCAGUGGAUCCAGUGGUUCAGGGCAAGGCCAAAGCUGAGCAGUUUUACAGAGGAGACACUCAGGGAAAGAAGGUGAUGUCCAUCUUGAUACAUGGUGAUGCCGCUUUUGCUGGACAAGGAGUUGUGUAUGAAACUUUUCACUUAAGUGAGCUCCCCUCCUAUACCACACAUGGUACAAUCCAUGUGGUGGUCAACAACCAGAUUGGCUUCACUACAGACCCUCGAGUGGCCCGCUCCUCUCCUUAUCCCACUGAUGUGGCUCGGGUUGUCAAUGCACCCAUCUUCCACGUAAAUGCCGAUGAUCCUGAGGCUGUCAUAUAUGUGUGCCGGAUGGCUGCAGAAUGGAGGACCACCUUCAACAAAGAUGUCGUCAUUGACCUGGUUAGUUACAGACGGUUUGGCCACAAUGAGAUGGACGAGCCCAUGUUCACCCAGCCGCUGAUGUACAAACAGAUUCAUCGGCAGGAGCAUGUGCUGAAAAAGUACUCUGACAAGCUUAUUGUUGAGGGUGUGGUGACGCUGCAGGAAUUUGAGGAAGAAGUUGCCAAAUAUGACAAGAUAUGUGAGGAGGCAUACACAAGCUCCAAGGAUGAAAAGAUUUUACACAUUCGACACUGGCUUGACUCCCCUUGGCCAGAUUUCUUUACAACAGAUGGGGAGCCCAAGAGCAUGAGCUAUGUCCCCACAGGACUGGAUGAAGAGGUUCUGCAGCACAUUGGUCAGACAGCCAGCUCAGUGCCCCUGGAAGAUUUUAAGAUCCAUCCUGGUGUGUCUCGUAUCCUGCGUGGUCGAGCAGACCUGGUGAAGAAUCGGCAGAUGGACUGGGCAUUAGGAGAGUACAUGGCCUUUGGUUCCCUUCUUAAAGAUGACAUCCAUGUACGACUUAGCGGGCAGGAUGUAGAGCGGGGCACCUUUAGUCACCGUCAUCAUGUUCUGCACGACCAAGAGGUGGACAAACGUAUCUGUGUUCCUAUGAACCACUUGUGGGCCAACCAGGCUCCUUACACUGUUUGCAACAGCUCCUUAUCAGAGUAUGGAGUACUAGGGUUUGAGCUUGGCUUUGCCAUGGCCAGUCCAAAUGCUCUGAUCCUCUGGGAGGCCCAAUUUGGAGACUUUCACAACACAGCGCAGUGUAUUAUUGACCAAUUCAUCAGCCCAGGCCAGGCCAAGUGGGUCCGCAACAAUGGUAUUGUCCUACUGCUGCCACAUGGGAUGGAGGGAAUGGGCCCAGAACAUUCAUCAGCUCGACCUGAACGCUUCCUGCAAAUGAGCAAAGAUGAUCCCGAUCACUUCCCUGAGUUCAGUGGAGAUUUUGAAGUGCAGCAGCUGAACGACUGUAACUGGAUUGUGGUCAACUGCUCCACGCCUGCAAACUACUGUCACGUGCUCAGACGGCAGAUUCUGCUGCCAUUCAGAAAACCGCUGAUUAUUUUCACUCCUAAGUCUCUGCUGAGACACCCGGAUGCAAGGUCCAGUUUUGAUGACCUUGCCAAAGGAACUAAAUUCAAGAGGUUGAUUCCAGACGAAGGCAUCGCGAGUCAAAACCCAGCCCAGGUGAAGAGGGUGAUUUUCUGCACUGGCAAAGUCUACUAUGAACUAGCUAGAGAGAGGAAACAGCAAAAAAUGGAGAAAGACGUCGCCAUCAUCAGACUUGAACAGAUCUCCCCAUUCCCGUUUGAUCUGGUCAGAGCGGAGGCAGAGAAAUAUGCCAACGCUGAGCUGGUCUGGUGUCAGGAGGAGCACAAGAACAUGGGCUACUAUGAUUACGUCCGGCCACGUUUCCUCACGGUGGUGGCCAACAAGAAAUCCAUUUGGUAUGUGGGACGGGACCCUGCAGCUGCUCCUGCUACAGGGAACAAGUCCACCCACCUCAAUGAGCUGAAGAGAUUCAUGGACACAGCUUUCAACCUGAGCGCCUUUCAGGGGAAGGACUUGUAAAUGAGAACUGGAACAAGAACCAGGCUGGAGGUGCAGUUUCAUCUCCAAACACCAUCUAUUUAUCAAGUCUUGAUGUGGCACAUUUUUAGCUUUAUGACAAUCUGGAGCAUAGCCUAGUGUUUUUUAGCAAACAUACGUUCAACCCUUGAUAAUCUUAUGUGAAAGAUAAGUUGGCAACACUAACUGGCUAAUGCCUGCAUCAGACUGCACCAUAUUUAAGUCAUUUAAAAUGAUCACGUCUGUCAGAUUGAGUGAUCAUUGUUCUGCUGUGACUUGGAGACGUGUUGAUAUAUGUUAAAACCUGACAAAUCAUAGUGUCUGAUCACUUGUCUUUCACUGUGACACACGACACAGGAUAGGACGACAAAUUGUUUUCCUCUGAUGCUCAGUGUCUUUGCCUGGCCAUGCCCUAUGUCAAGCGAAAUCAAGUAUUUUUUUAUUUGUAUAAUCCCCCAAAAGUCUUCAAACUGUCUAUGGGAUCGGGUGAUAUGUAGUCUGGAACAAUCUGCAAUUUAUCCAAUCAACACUAUUUAGCACCUUUUUGAGAGAUUUUACAGAAUAAGCAAAGUAUAAAGAGAACUAACUCACAUUUUCAGUCACUAAAUGGUGCUACAGUUCCAACCCUUUUAUUAAAAAAAAAAAAAUACAAACAUCAAAUAUAAUCACUUAAUCACAGAAUUGUCACCUAGUUGAACUCCUAAUUACAUUCACACAUGUGACAAUCACUGUUAUUGGAGUAGCAUUAAUACAGUAGAUACCUCCUUUGCUGCUAUGCUGAAUACUCAUAUAUAUUAUUAGUAGUGAUUUGUAUUUGUAUUUAUUUUUGUAGAUGAAUAGCAGAAGCUAUGAAAUGCACAUAAAGCACCAACUGGUGUACUUAAACAAUUGAUAUGAAUCACAUAUCACAGGUAUGAAGACUGUUAUGAAAUUUAACACAUCGGUAGGUUUAGUGCCUGUAUUUGCUUUGGCUACCUUAGCUGUUAGUGAAGGAGUCUGUAUUUAUUGUCACACCUCACUUCACCAAGAGACAUCAACCAGCUGGCACAGAGACUUGCAGCCAUGUUUUCUACGUAGGACAUAAGGCUCGGCUUCCUCUUUGGAGGCUGAGGGAUGCACACAAACACACACACACACACACACGCACAAAAACUGCGCACUUAAACACAGCAAAGCUUUGGAUGCUUUGAGAGCAAUAUUGACGCCUGGUUGUCACAUUAAAAUCUCCUGGUGUUUGACAGAAUUAAUAUUAGUUACACUGUGCUUAGAAAUGCUCCACAAAACCAUCCUUCCUGUUUAACUCUACUCUAGCUUUACCUUUCCACUUCCAGCUGGCACAUUUAACAAUAAGCCAUGCACAAAAGUGAUUUUACAUAUUUAAUGAUUUUAAAAAAAGGGUUUAUGUGUGUGAGUUUUUUUAAUGAAAAUAAAUGAGAGUAUUGAAACAUAUGCACAACAUGAUAGUGCUGCACUUACACUGGGAAUAAUACGAUAUGCAAUAAAAUAUAUUUAAGUGUAAUGACAUGGUUUGGUCAUGAUUUGUGGCUGCAGAUGAUGCUUGGGGGGGAAAGGCUAUUGUGUAUUGGAAAGUGAGACUUUAAAGAGUGUGAGUAAGUUUUUAAAGAACAUAUUAAAUGAAAUGAAAAGUUUAAUUCAUAUGCUAAAGUUAAUUACACCCUUUCUUAUUUUAAUGCACCCAAUAUUAGCAAACUUGAGAUAGAUAUUGUUGUGUGGCUGACAUUAGUCAGUCAGUCUUCUCUAGUUGUGCUACUAUUAUACUCUACUACUGUGCUGUUGCUUUAAUUUACAAUUAUUCCAUAUUUGUCACCUGUGGCCAUUAUUAAAUCAAUGUGUGUCCCUUCAUAACCUUGCUUUAAUAAAACUAAUACAUAGGUGGAGUACUCCUGCCCUGUUCAACCUGUCAAAGACACCGGAGUAAAAAUUAGCCUUUCCUCAUUAAGUAAAGUACACAGUGAACUACAUAUGCUGGAUUCACCAGAGACCCAGAAAACAGCUUGUUAAGGCUAGAAUUAUACAACUAGGUUUUCUGUGUGUCAGUUAAAUAAAGGUAAAAA